AUGGCUGAUUCAGCAUCCAUGUCGUCCCCCAAAGGCAAAGAAAAGGCUGACGACAAGCCCCGUCGCCGACCUGGUCGUGUCCCCGUAUCAUGUGCAGAAUGCAGAAGGUUGAAGCUGAAAUGCGACCGGAAGGUGCCUUGCGAGACGUGCUCCAAGAGGGGGUGUGCGGACAUCUGUCCAAAUGGGUCGUUGGCCACCGGAAAGAUCAACAACAAAUACGUGCUCUCAAACACUACAGAGCUACAUGCGCGCAUCGACCGGAUGACGCGCCGAAUCCGUGAGCUGGAGUAUGGCCUUGGUCAGCUACAGUCUUCGGUUUCUACCGAAACGCAUGAGCUAUUGCGGGACGACCAUCCUCUGAAGGACACAUCUGUCGCUGCUGCUGUGGCUGCAUCAAAGUCUGGCGGCGCGUCUCCGGAACUACCGAUUCCGGGAUCUGCAAGUGCUUCCUCAUCCUCCGGUGCAUCUCCCCCGGAAGGCCCGGCCAGCGCUAUUGAUUCCACUGAUGAUGAAUUCAUCGAUUCCUUCGGGACGCUCAGCAUUGGCGCGAACGGCGAGACGCGCUUCUAUGGUGCAACAGCUCGGGGAGAGUAUCUGCUUCAGGCAGGUCUGGAGCAAGCACCUGCGGAUUUCUGGGGAUGCACACGCUUGAACGAGCGCAUCUUGAAUAUACCAUUCCCAGAAGCGAGCCCUCAUCAAGUCACACCGGAGCUGCGCGAGAUGGUCUUGGGGCAUGUUCCCCCACUGGAAGAUGCGAAGUCGCUCAUCGACCAGUUCUUGCUGUACUCCACCUCUUUUCCGUCAUCUUUGACGCGCGAGCAAGCAGCGGAUGACGUUAUCGAUGUGGUGUAUCACUCAAGAACUUACAAAUCUGCACCUCCCGCAUCGCAUGCAUUGAGUCUCCUGUUCGCUGUCCUCUCCAUCGCCAGCCUAUUCGAGAAGAAAGAUGGCUCCGAAUGUCGAGCUCACGACUUCUUCGUGCUGUCUCGCGUUGCCCUUACCUUUGAUACACCUGUCGCAACAACAACGGUCAUGUCCGUACAAGCAAUGUGCUACAUGGCACAAUACUUGGAGAUGCGCGACAUAGGGCUCCUGCCGAAGGGGUGUUCAAAAGCGUGGAUGUAUCUUGGUCUUGCCGGCCAGAUGGCCCACAGUAUCGGUCUACAUGUAAACAGUACCCGAUUUAAGCUCGAGAAGAAAGAGGGCGAGUAUCGGUCGCGCGUGUUUUGGCACUUGUUCGCGGUCGAGACCUGGACGAGCUUCACAUUUGGACGGCCACCGAGCGUCAAUCUGAACUUCGUUGACUGCGAGCUCCCCCCAGAUUCCGACGUCUUCGUAUGCCCACUGACCGGAGAGGAAGACAUGGGUUUCUCAAAAUGGUCAUACACAUUCUCUCAGCUCUUGUACUACGUACUCGAGACAGCCUUCGCUGCCAAGCCACCACCGUACAGCAAAAUCUUGGAUCUGGAUCGCAAGAUUCGCGACUUCUAUGUUCCCAAGUAUCUCCGCCCGGACUGUGAGAUGCCUGAUAAGCCCGGUUGUUUCGUGGUACUCAAGCGCUGGCUGGCGCUCUCACAUAAGGAAUGGGGCUUGUUGAAUAUACACAGGGCAUACUUUGCCCAAGCUCUUCGCGAGAAGCCGCUCGACCCGUUGAAGCACAAGUUUGGCGUCUCAGUCAUGGCGCUAUACCGCUCUGCGUAUAGGAUUGUGGAAGCAUCUCGACUGGCCAUGGAGCUCGAGCCACAUAUCUUCUGCUCGUCAAAUAUGGCGACUUCGAAGAUAUUCUCUGCAGUCAUUGUGAUGUGCUUGCUGGUAUGCAGCGCGCCCUGCUCCAAUCUGGCGCCGCCGUCGCUCGAGGUUCUUGCGAAGGCUGUGUCCGUUAUCGAACAUGGUGUCAAGAACGGCAAUAGGCCUUCGGAAGAAAACAUCGAUGCGGUCCGUAGUCUCCACCGACAAGCGCAACAGGCGCUGGAGAAACAUCAUACCAGCAAUCAUGAACCAGCCAUGAGCGCCGAAGAACUCGAUCGUUUAUGUGGCCAGACGACAGUGAUAACGCCCUGUGGUCGCAAAUUCUGCUUCUCUCCUCCAGGAAACUCGCCCAGUACACCCAGCAAGGAGCCGACAUUCACGCAGCUACAGUCGAACGGCACACUGGACGCUCUGUUUGCGAUGACCUCACCGAGUGGCGAGCGCCUCUCACCAUCAAGCGCGCCUGUAUCCGCCGGUUCUGGCCCCAGUCCACGCCGCACACCGAUGAGCGUCGAUAACCUGCUGAAUGACUACACGAACGUCGUCACCUCCGUACAACAGGCCCACGCCGCGGCGUUCCAGCACCCGCAGUACAAGCCGCAAACACCGGCCCAAUGGGCCGAUGUAGCACCCGUACCAGCGACCUCUUUGUAUGAGGUCGCAGGGUAUCAGAACUUUGCACCCGCUCAGCCGGACCCUGCGGCUACCGUACCGCUACAGGACGGGUUCGGUGCCGGUAUGGGGUGGAGUGAGAUGCCAUAUAUUCUGGACUCAUCGUGGCAGGAUCUCGCGCAGCAGCUUGGGUUUUAG